GUCUUGGCUCGCCGGGAUCACCAGCAAACGAUCGGUUGUGUAUAUGUACAUGUGCGGUACCGUACAUAGAUUCACCACAUGGCAAGGCUGCCAUAUCGCACGACGCACAGGAACUGACCCUGGCUCAAACCAUUCCAUCCCAUCAUGAGACCAUGUUAAGUUCUGUCAGGGCCGAUAUUGUCUUUAGAGUGCUUGUCUGCGGCGGUGUGAGUGCAUGAAACGAAGAUUCCAUUCAGUCAGACAUUCGCCAUGGACACCAGCGGCGUGAGUUCUCGGGCAGCUGCCCGCCUACGACGGACGUUUAAAUACCCGGCUGAAGACGACGGAGAGGCGGAUCUAUCGCCUGAUGAAAUGGACGAAGAAGCAUAAUUCUGACCAUACGCCCCGUACAGAACAAGAACACCUACUCAGCAAACUCCAGGCAUCCGAAUCCGCCUCAAACAGACAAUAUACACUGAUCCUGACCGGCCUACCACUUAUCGUGGUCCUUUUGUUUUUGCGAUACUUGUUCGCCUCAACGACUGCGUCCAUGGCCAUGCUGUGCCUACUGAGUAUCACGUCGCUCCUAGCGAGCUCAUAUAUCAUGUACUUUAUUCCCAUCAUCACCAGUGCCGAUACCGAUACCAACACCAACUCCGCGCCAUCAAGCAGGAGGACCCCAUCUUCUGUGUUUGCAACUGCAAACAACGACAACGGCAUUGGGAAAGCUUCGUCGUUCAGCCUCAGCAGCAUCGGUCGGAAUUUACGGCAACGACAGCUCCCUGCGGGGCCGCUCUUGACCUUCGCCAACGGGGACAUGGGCGGCCCGAUCGAGCGCUAUUUACCAACUCUCAACGCGGCCAUCAGUCUUCUUUUGUUCUUCUCCGCGAUGGCGUACCGCUCGAAAGGCCGGAACAGGGACGGGGCACCAUCCGCCACUACUAGUGUGCCUGAAGGCCUGUGGAUGUUUUUGUUGCUGCCAGGUCUUGUUUUCGUCAUGGUUUACGUCGCCAAGAGAAGUAUGGGCGACAUCCAAAGCGGGUUGCGCGAGCUACAGGGGUUGAGAUAUGAAUAUAAGGGCGCAUAAAACAUUCUGGACGAUAAAACAGGUCGUAUUAUGAAUGUGCGGAUUCUAUUGAGGGCUUGCGUGAGCUGAAACGGCGAGAGCAAGGGACCAGACGAUCGUCUGGGAGAUCCCACGGCCGCUUCAUGGGCCAGAGAACACCAGGGCACAUGCGUGAAAGAAGUCUUUAAUUUUAUGCUCCUCUGAGCCUUUGAGCCUUUGGCUAAGAAGGAUGGCGCACCGCCCUCGUGGAAACCUUCCACCUGACCAUGGCAUCCUCGAAAUAUCCCUCAGUCGUCUGUUGAUGGCUCAAUCUUCCAGGCGGCAACCAGUGGGCGACGUGCUUUGGUCUCAUACACACCCCCAGUUUAUCUUAGGGUCAAUCCUCUGCGCCCUCCGAGCAUUCAAUGAUUUCUGGGAGGGACCGAGUCCGUCACCACAACACUUGACAAGGCCUAGCAGCUGAGGCUAAGGUCGCCUGGGCACCACUUCGCAACUCUAGCCUGGCGUUGAACAGAUGUCGCUCAACAGACGACGACUCUGCGGCCUUGCGGCCCCUUCUCCCCAGGACCUUGGGGUAUCAUGGUCCUCCAAUAGUGCCAGCAAAUCUUCCCGUAAUGAUACAGCAUUUGUAUAAUCAAAUAGUGACUGCAAUUCAUGCUGGAACUUUCGCCCCGACAGCCUUUUUCAAUCCUGCAUCAAUCUCGGACGGUUUCGGCGGAUCAGGCACUUGAGGCCAGGGUUUCUUUAGGGCGUCUUGAAUCAUGACCAAACAGCCCUUGGGACCACUGACGGCGCCUAGAAAUCGAACAGUCAGUCCUGUUACGUGCCUUCAAGAACAUCCAAAUCAAGAGAGACUUACCGUUGACAAUCACAAUCCCGUUCUCCGGAUCUGACUGCAGCACUUUCAGAUUUUGCACGGUGUUUUGCUGUCCUCCCAUGUUUCCUGCCAUUUUCUUGCCGGGAUACACACGACUACCACCGCCUUGACCCUGACCCAGCGUACCGUGAGAUCUGUGACUGAGGGAGUGACCGUGAGAUCGAUCUUGACCAUGGAAGCCCCACCUCUUCAUAGGCCCAGCGAAGCCCUUUCCUUUGCAAUUCGACCGGGUGUCUACGAACUGUCCGGCCUCGAACCAGUUUGCUCGGAUCUCUUCCCCAAUGGGCAACAGUCCAUCACGGUUCCGCACCCGGAACUCUCGUAGAUAGCGUUUGGGACUGACGCCCUGAACGGAAAAAUGGCCCAGCAUUGGCUUGGUUACGUUUUUGGGGUUCACCAACCCGCUGCCCACACAGACAGCAUAGUAUCCAUGUCGCUUGCGCGUCUUGUGGCUGACCACCUCGUUCCGGUCGAGCUGAAGUACCGUACAAGGUAUUCUCUUUCCGCUUUCAACAUCAUA